GUAGCAGCAGGAUCGCGAGUGUACGCGAUUUUUGAGGAAGCACAAAAGAAGUUUUUCUAUUUCACGAUCGCACGCUUUUUCACACGGUUUCGUAGGUCACGCGAUACACAGAAAUCGAAGAGGUUUAAAAAGAAAGGGAAAAAAAUAUCAAAGUGGAGACGAGGAAGGUGUCCACCACGUUUUUAUAAUAUCCUGACGACACUUCCUACCCUGGCUACUGCAUUUUCAAGAAAGCUUCCUCGUCGUUCCUGACUGUUAUGCGGUGGUGAACAUUGACUGGUGAGAGAUAGAGAGAAUCUUGAAGAGAGAGAAAAAAAAAGAAAAAUUGUGUAAAGAAAAAGAGACGAAAUUGUAAGUAGCAAGUAGUAACACUGACGCUCACCAGGCAAGCGUAUAAGAAUAGGAUGUCGGGGCAUAGAGGCGUUGGAGGGGCAGGGAGUCAUCAAGGAGGCCCCCCAGGCCUCAAACAAAUAGAUUUGGAUCAAAUUUGGGGGGAUCUUCGUGAGGGUAUAGAACAAGUAUAUAAUAGACAAUGUAUGUCGAAACCAAGAUAUAUAGAACUUUAUACACAUGUAUAUAAUUAUUGUACGAGUGUUCAUCAACAACAUACUAGAAUGUCUACUAAAAGUAAAAAGGGCCAAAUGUCACAAGGAGGUGCACAGUUAGUGGGCCUGGAAUUAUAUAAACGUUUGCGUGACUUUCUUAGGAAUUAUCUCAUUAGUUUGCUCAAGCAUGGGAUUGACUUAAUGGAUGAAGAUGUAUUACAAUUCUAUACAAGACAAUGGGAAGAAUAUCAAUUCAGUAGUAAGGUGUUAAAUGGAGUAUGUGCAUAUUUAAACCGUCAUUGGGUGCGUCGUGAAUGUGAAGAAGGACGUAAAGGAAUAUAUGAAAUAUAUCAACUGGCCUUGGUUACGUGGCGUGAUAAUUUAUUUAAACAUUUAAAUAGACAAGUUACCAAUGCGGUGCUGAAAUUAAUAGAAAGAGAACGUAAUGGAGAAACGAUAAACACACGUUUAGUCAGUGGUGUAAUUAAUUGUUACGUAGAAUUGGGCCUGAACGAGGAGGAUCCUGGUGCUAAGGGACAAAAUCUUAUUGUUUAUAAAGAAUCCUUUGAAAAUCUCUUCCUUGAGGAUACAGAACGAUUUUAUACUCGUGAAAGUUCAGAAUUCCUCAGACAAAACCCUGUUACAGAAUAUAUGAAAAAGGCAGAACAAAGGUUAUUGGAAGAACAAAAACGAGUUCAAGUUUAUUUACAUCAAACAACACAUGAACGAUUAGCAAAAACUUGUGAAAGAGUACUCAUUGAAAAACACUUGGAUAUAUUUCAUUCUGAAUUUCAAAAUCUUUUGGAUGCUGAUAAAAAUACAGAUUUAGGGCGAAUGUAUCAAUUAAUGGCAAGAAUACCAAAUGGACUUGGCGAACUACGAAACCUUUUAGAAAGUCAUAUAGCUAAUCAAGGGCUUGCUGCUAUAGAUAAGUGUGGAGAUUCAGCAGCUAAUGAUCCUAAAGUAUACGUCAACACCAUCUUGGAAGUUCAUAAAAAAUAUAAUGCUUUAGUAUUAGUUGCAUUUAACAAUGAUAGUGGCUUUGUAGCAGCAUUGGAUAAAGCAUGCGGUCGCUUUAUCAACAGUAAUUCUGUAACUAGAGCUGCAAAUAGUAGUAGUAAGUCACCUGAAUUGUUGGCAAAAUACUGUGAUUUAUUGCUUAAAAAGAGUAGUAAAAAUCCUGAGGAAGCAGAACUUGAAGAUACAUUAAAUCAAGUUAUGGUAGUAUUUAAAUAUAUUGAAGACAAGGAUGUAUUCCAAAAGUUCUAUAGUAAAAUGCUGGCAAAACGUUUAGUGCAGCAUAUGUCUGCCAGUGAUGACGCAGAGGCUUCUAUGAUCUCCAAGUUAAAACAAGCUUGUGGCUUUGAAUAUACUUCAAAAUUACAGCGCAUGUUCCAGGAUAUUGGAGUAUCCAAAGAUUUAAACGAACAAUUCAGACGACAUUUAACAAAUUCUGUAGAACCACUAGACAUUGAUUUCAGUAUACAGGUUUUGUCUUCUGGUUCAUGGCCAUUCCAACAGUCCUUUACUUUUUCUUUACCAACAGAGUUAGAGAGAUCUGUACAUAGGUUUACAACCUUUUAUAGUUCACAACACAGUGGAAGAAAGUUGAAUUGGUUAUACAAUAUGUCUAAAGGAGAAUUGCAUACAAAUUGUUUUAAAAAUAGGUAUACAUUACAAGCAUCAACUUUUCAAAUGGCUGUUUUACUGCAAUACAAUGGAUCAACCAUAUGGACAAUACAACAAUUACAUGAUGCUACUCAAAUAAAAAUGGAUUUUUUACUUCAGGUUGUACAAAUACUUUUAAAGGCUAAGCUAUUAACAGCAGUUAAUGAUGACGAAACAGAGUUAACACCUAUGUCAGUGGUAGAACUUUUCUCAGGCUAUAAAAAUAAAAAAUUAAGGGUAAAUAUUAAUAUACCAAUGAAAACGGAAUUAAAAGUCGAACAAGAAACAACACACAAACACAUAGAAGAAGAUAGAAAACUUUUAAUACAAGCAGCAAUUGUUAGAAUUAUGAAAAUGAGAAAAGUACUGAAACAUCAACAACUAGUGGCAGAAGUUUUAAAUCAAUUGAGUUCCAGGUUUAAACCAAGAGUACACGUUAUUAAAAAAUGUAUAGAUAUUUUAAUUGAAAAAGAAUAUCUGGAGCGCACAGAGGGUCAAAAGGACACAUAUAGCUAUCUGGCAUGAUCUGUCGAUCUAGGACAUCAAUAUAGCAACAACUAUGCACGCAAAAAAAAAGAUGACUUCACACUGUCAUUGCUACAAACGUGUCUCGAUAUUUAUUUAAGACUCUCACUAGUAUUUUCUCUGUACACAGUUCUUGUACCGUAAUGUCCCUCUGGUCGCAUUUAGAACCUGGUUUUUAUAAUAUGUUAAUAAAAUUAUUUCAUAUAGUCAAGUUGCUACGUGUGUUACUGUCUGUGCCGUUUCUCACACAUAAAUUAAAUUUUCUUUGUAUCAUGUUGUACUAUAAAAGAUUUGGAACAUGUAUGUCCCAUUUUUUAAAUUGUAUAUAAAAUGUUGCACAAUGGAAAAAUACAAAAACAUAUAAUUAA